UAGGGAUUGUGUUAGGAUACUUUCUAUUUUAUGGAUGAGAGAAUCUCUCCUAAUUAGUUAUUGUUUCCUUAGAGAUAGUGAUUGUGCAUAUUAUAUGGCUUAGAUUAGGAAUCCCACUUGUAUAUAUAUAGGUCACUUUGUAUUCAGUUUAGACAGAGAAAAAAGAAGAAUAUUUUCUUCAUGGUAUCAGAGCAUUCAGAUCUGAACCACAUAUAAAAAAAAAAAAAAAAAAUCAUCUUUUUCCAUGGAGAGCAGAACGGAAGGAUUAAACUCGGAGGUGACGUCCAGACCUGAAGCAGUUCACUCCGGCAGUUCCAGCACCACAGAUGGCAUCAUUCUUCCCAUAACAGGUCAUAAACUCAAUGGGCAGAAUUUUAUUCAAUGGGCUCAGUCUGUUCGGAUCUUCAUCUGCGGGAAAGGUAAGGAAGAAUACCUUACGGGAGCCAUUGUUCAGCCGAAGGAAGAUGAUCCAGGAUACCGAACCUGGAAGUUGGAAAAUAGUAUGGUGAUGUCUUGGUUAAUUAACUCUAUGACCAAUGACAUAGGAGAAAACUUCAUGUAUUAUGGCACAGCAAAGGAGAUAUGGGAUGCAGCUAGAGAGACCUACUCCAACAUCGAUAAUACCUCGGCGAUUUUCGAAAUCAAGAGUAUUCUCCAAGAUCUUCGACAAGGAGAUUCAACUGUUACCGAAUAUUUUAAUAUCCUUACACGGUAUUGGCAACAACUCGAUAUUUAUGAAGAAUUGGUUUGGAAGUGUCCCGAAGAUGGACUCCUAUACAAGAAGGUCAUUGAAAAGGAACGCAUCUACAAAUUUUUACUUGGCCUUAAUAAGAAUUUAGAUGAGGUACGUGGAAGAGUUCUAAGUAUUAAGCCAUUACCUAGUGUUAGGGAAGUUUUUUCUGAAAUUCGCAGAGAGGAAAGCAGACAAAAAGUGAUGUUGGGAACCCAAAAUUCCUCCAAAAAUCUUGAGAACUCAGCCCUAGUUGCACGAGGAACCCAAUCCAACAACAACAACCACCAAACGAAGAAGAAUCGUCCAUGGUGCGACCAUUGUAGAAAACCUGGACACACGAAAGAGACUUGCUGGCAUCUACACGGUAAACCUGCUGAUUGGAAACCUUCUCGGCCACAGCAAAACAGAGAAGGCCGGGGUUACACCGCUGCAGCCGAAGAAGACACAUCUGGCACUAGCUCAAAUCCUGGACCGUUUAGCAAAGAGCAAUUGGAGGCACUACAGAAAAUGUUCCAACAGACUCUUCAAUCAACUGGAACAACUAUUGGUACCGCAUCUGUAGCCCAGAAAGGCCUUGAACUCUGGGAAGAGGAUUGGCAAUGCUGAGGUGCGUGCUGGACUUUACCUUCUGAGAGCUGAGGAAAUUCGAAGGCUACCAAUGAAGACUGCUUGUGUAGUUUCCAACCCUAGUACCAAGACAGAUAGUGUUGUUAUGUUAUGGCACUACCGAUUAGGUCACCCAAAUUUUUCCUAUCUUGAAAAACUAUAUCCAUCAUUAUUCAAUAAAAAUUCCAAAAAUUUUCAAUGCGAAAUAUGUCAAUUGUCCAAACAUACUCGCAACUCCUAUUCCAUUCAACCAUACAAACCAUCUCAUCCAUAAAAUAGAAAGUAUCCUAACACAAUCCCUAUACCAUAAAAUAGAAAGUAUCCUAACACAAUCCCUAUAAUCUUGGCACUUAAUUACAAAUCAUAAUCCCAUAUUUCCACACCCAUACUUUCCAACAAUUAC